AUGAACAAAACCAGGUUGCCCAAGGCGUACACCGACGAGCAGCUCAAUUUUCUGCGAAAUCACAUUGGCGGCUUUGAGUCUCGCAGUCGCGGGCAUGUUAGAGGUGACGCUAAGAAGUUCGCGCUGGACCGUGCCAACGAGUUCCUUGUCCGUUUUGGCAUGCCAGAGGACCUCCAGGAUGCCGGUGAGGCAGAACCAAGGUUCCGGGAGCAAAUAUACAAUUGGUACAAGAAUACCACAGGCCGAGCGAGACGAAGACUUGAGGGCAGAACCAGAUCCAAGAAGGCUGCUGAGCAAGAGUCUCCUGGUCAGAAUAGUAUAGCACAAUGGGGCCCGAAUCCCAUGGCUCCAACGACUGUGCCAUAUGCUGCCCAGAAUGUCAUAGUAACUCAGACUGCCAGCUUGCGCGAGCCACCGCAGCAGUUAUACCAGCGUCAUGUACCCCCACUUGAGCCUACUGGCCAUAUGCAGUUCAGUUUUCAAACUACCGUAACGGUAGCUUCUGCAUCCACACUAGCUCGAAAUAUUGACCGGAACCCCGAUGCUUUGAGAGAUGCAUUCCUUACACGAGGAAUAAGUGCUGCAACGCUCUCAUCGCUCAUCCAGAGCUAUGUCCUUUCACACCCCUCACCAACUGCAUUGAACCCCAUAAUUGAUGCUCUCUUUGCCGCUGUCACUUCAUCUCUCAAUGCACCACCUGUCUCACGGACCGCUUCAACCCAUGAUAGUAUUAUAACCAUCCUCCGUCGCUUCACAGAAGCAUGUGAGUAUUUCCCAACGACGCUUGUGCAUGCAGGCGUCCACGGGCCACUUGCCGGUCCUCGCGCACUACAGAUGGCCAUUCGUAAAUCUUCAGUAUGGUUCCCAAUAAGUGCCCCGGCAGACAUCGCCCCGGUGAGCGAUGAAGUGGAACGCAUUGCCGCAGACCGAAAAAGGGGUAAAGAUCACAUCCAAUGGGCGCAGAUUCAUGGCGCAGCGCUAGAGCUCGGUUUGUUGAGUUUCUGCGAUGACUACGUUGCCGGCAGGACGGGCGAUUCGCUGUCAGAACUGAUGGCGCGUGACGCAGUUUGGGGAGCAGACGAAGUGGAAUGGGUUGCGGGCAUUUCUGUUCUGCGGUCCGUCAUUAGGACCGGGUUGCUGGUUCGAAAACAUGAGUAUGAGCAACUGCUGUCGACUUACGAGGGCAGGUGGAAUGAGAUUGAGGACGAGAGGCGACAAGCAUUUGUGACCGAAGUCUUAUUGAGUGCCCGGCAGAAUCUAGCUCGCAUGGACGAGGGGCUCGUCCAGUGA